GGCUUAGGGUAGAGAAGAAAGUAGCUAGCACUUCCACAACUGCAGAAUUUGGCCAGAGCAGCAAGAUGCGGUACCUUCUGGUCCUCCUUGCCAUCGUUGCCUUGUCGGAAUGCGUGGUCAACUAUGGAAGGGUGCCGCUGAUCAAAGGGAAAACACUAAGACGUCUGCUAAAGGAACGUGGCUUGCUGGGAGACUUUCUGAAGAAGCAUGAGUAUUCCCCCAGCUCCAAGUACCGACGACUUGGUAAAUAUGCCGAAGUUGCAGAUGAGCCCUUGACCAAUUACCUGGAUGCUGAGUACUAUGGAAAGAUUAACAUUGGGACGCCAGCCCAGGAGUUCACUGUGGUGUUCGAUACUGGCUCCUCUAAUCUCUGGGUCCCCUCAGUCUAUUGUAAAAGCAUUGCUUGUUAUCUUCACAACAGAUUCAAUCCGUCUAAGUCCUCCACGUUCCAGAGUACUGACGAAUCCCUGUCCAUCGAAUAUGGUAGUGGCAGCAUGGAGGGGGUCCUGGGCUAUGACACUGUCACUGUCUCUGAUAUUGUGGACAGCGACCAAGUCUUUGGCCUGAGUACCCGGGAGCCUGGCCUCACCUUUAUCUUUUCUGAAUUUGAUGGGAUCCUAGGAAUGGGCUACCCCUCCAUAUCUGUGGACAAAGCCACCCCUGUCUUUGACAACAUGAUGAGCAAGCACUUGGUUGCCCAGGACCUCUUCUCUGUUUAUCUGAGCAACAAUAAAGAGGACAGUGUGCUCAUCCUCGGGGCUAUCGACUCAUCCUACUACACUGGCUCCCUCCACUGGGUGCCGGUCACUGUGGAGGGCUACUGGCAGUUCACUGUGGACAGCAUCACUAUUAAUGACGAGGUGGUGGCUUGCCAGGAUGGUUGCCAGGCUAUCUUGGAUACUGGCACCUCUCUCUUGGUCGGUCCAAGCCAAGGAAUUGACAAAAUCCAGAGUGCCAUCGGAGCUACCGAGACCCUACUUGGAGAAUAUGAAAUCAAUUGCAACAAGCUGAGCUCCAUGCCUACAGUUGUGAUUCACAUCAAUGGCAGGGAGUUCCCUCUCACUCCCUCAGCCUACACCCUUGAGGAGGAUGAAGCGUGUAUCAGUGGCUUUGAGGGUGAUAGCAGUUUCGACCUGUGGAUCCUGGGAGAUGUCUUCAUCCGACAAUACUACAGCGUCUUUGACAGGGCUAACAACCGUGUGGGGUUGGCCACUGCGGUCUGAUGGAAACAUUGAACUCAGCCAGCCUCACCCAACUUUACCCCAAUGAUUAGACCCUAUCUCAGAGAGAGAACCUGGGUGCCUCAGGCUGUCCUUAAUAAAACAUCCCUUAGGCAACAG